GCGCGCCGCGGCGCCGGGACACGGCCCGGAGGAGAGGGAGCGGGAGCGGUGCCGGCCGCGGCGCAUGAUGUGGGUGCCGCUGCUGGCGUGCCUCACCGCGGGGAUCGUCUCCGUGCCCAGGUGCCAGCGCGGCCCCGGAGCCCUCCUGGGGGCGGCCCGGCUGCUGGCGGCCGUGCCGGGACUCUGCCAGCGCCGUAACCGUGGCAGCUCCCGGAGAGCCCGCGGCAGUAUCGCACUCCCGGGUACUGCGGGUCCUGAAAGUACACCCUCCGCAACCCUCCGUGAAGCGGCGCACAGAACCGCCUGGGGAUUCACAAGCUACGGAUGGACAGUACUUAGGGAUGCGGAAAACAGAUGUGCCACUUCAAAUGCAGUGACAUGCACAAAGUGUCUUGCUUUGGGCCCUGAGUGUGGAUGGUGUGCUCAAGAGGAUUUCAUGGCUGGCACAACACAGAAGGGACGCUGUGACAUUGUUUUCAACUUAAUGAAAAGAGGCUGCCGAUCAGAUUUGGUUGAAAACCCCACAGUUCAUGUCACAAUACCCAGUGACCGUGAAACAAAUACACAAGUGACACCAGGAAAAGUUUCAGUCCAGCUGCGUCCAGGAAGUGAAGCAAACUUUAUGUUAAAAGUUCGUCCUCUAGAGAAAUACCCUGUGGAUCUUUAUUAUUUAGUUGAUGUCUCAGCCUCCAUGCACAACAAUAUAGAAAAGUUAAAUUCUGUUGGAUUUGCUUUAUCUAAAAAAAUGGCAAAUAUUUCUCUUGAUUUUCGACUUGGAUUUGGAUCCUAUGUGGAUAAAACUGUGUCACCUUAUAUUAGCAUUCAUCCAGGUAGAAUCCAUAACCAAUGCAGUGAUUACAAUUUAGAUUGUAUGCCUCCUCACGGUUAUAUUCAUGUGCUAUCCCUGACUGACAAUAUAGCAGAAUUCAGAAAUGCAGUGAAUAAACAAAAAAUUUCUGGGAAUAUUGAUACACCCGAAGGGGGUUUUGAUGCGAUGCUCCAAGCAGCUGUGUGCCAGAGCCACAUUGGAUGGCGUAAAGAAGCAAAGCGAUUGCUUCUUGUGAUGACAGAUCAAACUUCCCAUCUGGCCCUUGAUAGUAAAUUAGCAGGAAUUGUAAUUCCUCAUGAUGGAAACUGUCAUUUGAAAGAUAAUGUAUACAUCAAAGCUACAAGUAUGGAGCAUCCAUCCCUUGGGCAGCUCUCUGAAAAAUUGAUUGACAAUAACAUCAAUGUUAUUUUUGCAGUUCAAGGAAGCCAGUUCCAUUGGUAUAAAGAUCUGUUACCUCUGUUGCCUGGUACUGUUGCAAGACAAAUAGAAUCACAAGCAGCAAAUCUCAAUGAUUUGGUGGUAGAAGCCUAUCAGAAACUAAUCUCUGAAGUGAAACUUCAAGUGGAUAACCAGAUCCAAGGUCUUAAUUUCAAUAUCACUGCAAUCUGUCCUGAUGGAAGUAAAAAAACAGGCAUGGAAGGAUGUAAAAAUGUGGGAUAUAAUAAAGAAGUACUUUUCAAUGUAUCAGUUGCAAUGAAAGGAUGUCAUACAGCUGGAGGGAGAAAAUAUGCUAUACUUAAGCCUAUUGGUUUCAAUGAAACCGCCAUUGUUAAUGUGCAGCAAAGCUGUGCCUGCCGGUAUGGAGACAGCACGGACCACAACAGAGUAUGGGCUGAUGAAACUUCUGAUAGCAAACAGUCCCACUGCAGUGACAGUAACUGUAGCUCUCACAGAGAAGACACACUUCUUUCAGAGAGGUGCAGGCAAUACCAGGACCAACCUAUCUGCAGUGGUCAAGGAAAUUGCAUAGAUGGAAAAUGUUUCUGCUACAAAAACAAGCUAGGCAAGGUGUAUGGCAAGUACUGUGAAAUGGAUGACUUUUCCUGCCCAUAUCACCAGGGAAACUUAUGUUCUGGUAAUGGUGAAUGUGAAGGUGGUAAAUGCAAAUGCUUUGCUGGCUGGGAAGGUGAUCGUUGCGAGUGCUCCUCACAAUCAUCAAAGUACUGCCUGAAUUCAAAGGGUCAGAUUUGCAGUGGAAGAGGAAAAUGCAUAUGUGGAAAGUGUGAGUGCACAGAUCCAAGAAGCUUUGGCCGUUUGUGUGAAUAUUGCCCGACUUGUAACAAAGCCUGUGAAGAAAACUGGAACUGUGUUCAGUGCCAUCAUUCUAACAAUACAUCUCAAGCAAUACUUGACCAGUGCACAACCUCAUGCGCUUACCUACUGCAUUAUGUUGACCAUACUUCAGAAUGUUUCUCUGGACGAAGCUACUUUAGAGUCUUUUCCAUAAUCUUUAUAGUUACCUUUCUGAUCGGGUUGCUUGUUGUCCUUAUCAUCAGGCAGAUCAUUCUGCAGGGGAGUAGCAAUAAAGUUAAGUCUUCAUCUGAUUACAGAGUAUCUGCAACAAAGAAGGAUAAGAUGUUUUUGCCUACAGUUUGCACAAGAACAGUAACAUACAGACGUGACAAACCAGAGGAAAUAAAUAUCGACAUCAGCAAGUUGCGAUUAAAUGAAACUUUCAAGUGUGAAUUCUGAAGACUGUGUGUUUCCUGCAAAUUCCAUUUCCAUCAGGAUCGACUUUUAAAACGUUACCUUUUGUACUCUGUGGGAAUCUUGACUGUCGCCACACAGUUUUGUUUUGUGCAUUUUGUUGAAUACUGUAACUAAGUGACCUGUAAACGGACUCACAUUAUGUGAUUUUGUUUGAAACUAUAGCUGCUGUAUUUUUUUAGAUUUUUUUGAAAGAGAAAUGUGCGUUACUACUGUUCAGAAACAUUAGUGUUGAUGUAGCACUUUAGCAUAUUCUAAUUUAUUUAGUUAUGGCGUAGAAUGUAGAUAUGAACCAGUCUGACAAAGCACUGAUCUCACUCUACAUGUAGCUAGUACUGAUGUGCUCUGUGGAAAUGGACAGAAGCUGUGACUGAAAUAUUAAUAUUGCUGUAUAUUAUAGCAAUAGAUUAAACUAUUAAAAUGCUCUUAAGUAGAGUAAAUGGUACUUUUAUAGGUCUCUCAGAUGAUAUAUUCCACCAAUUUGUCUGCUUUAGCCUCUUAGCUUUUCCUCAUAAAAAUGAAUGGAUUAAAUGAGUAUUUAGUUAACUGGUGUGGGUCUAUAGUUGUAUGUGUAUACACACACCAUGCACACACAGGUAAAUUAUAUACAAAGUUUUUCAUAUGGAUGAUGUCACUUAAAGAUAAUUUAUAUCUGAUAAAGAGUAAUUUUUAGCUUUUUUAUUUGUUUAAACAUAAAAAACCCCUUUUAUACAAAAUUUAAGAUAUUUGGAAACUGAGUGGCUACAGAAAAUGAGAGUUUCUCUGUCCAACAGCAUGGUCUACAUGAUGAUCACUGUUGGCUGACUUCAGCUUUAGAGUCAGCAGCAUGAACCCCGUUGCAAGUACAUAAAUUACACCAGAGCUGUGUUUGGUUUGCUAGCUACAUGUCAGUGUUUUGCCAAAUAAAGGCUUUGAUCUUUUUGUAUGAUGUCAGGAAUGUCUGAUUUUACACUUGCUCUUUUUUGUUAUGUAAAUUAGUUGAUGGGAUCGAGUUUUGUAAAUUUUCUUGUAACCACUUCAUUUUUUUUUGACUGUGUCUUGAGAAGUGUGUCCAGUGUGAUGUGGAAAAGAACCUGCAGUUCAGAAGGUGAGGAAAAUAUGAGUCUUUUUCUCAAGGGAACACAUUAGUUAACUUCAUAAAUGUGGGAUCAAAUUCUGCCUUCAGAAAUAGGCAAAGCUCUUCUAAAUAUGGUGGGACCAAUAUAAGCCUAUCUGAGAGAAGAAUGUGAGCUACAAGGUAACACAGAUGCAUUUUUUUAACCCCUAAAACUGACUGUAAUGGUAGAAGAUCAUUAUGUUAUAUGCUAGUUGGAAGUGUCAGUUUGAUUUACUAAGCCUGUGCUGCUGAAACCCCACAAAAGUGUGAUCAACCUCUAAUGCUCUAAAAUCUUGCUGGCAAAAAGAAAAUUCAUCUCAGAAGACAGUGUACCAUUUUAGCAACACUUAUUGCUAAUAUGAAAUAUUAGCAUAUGCUAAUAUGAAAUAUUAGGUCUGUAUUUGUCGUAGAUAAGUUAAAGAAACAAAGCAGGACCUCCUUAUGUGCAGUUUUUUAGUAUAUAUUUAGUAUAUAUUUCCUAUAUAUUUCUUCUGUAAAUUCCCACUAGAAUCUGAGGAAUAUGCAUGUGAAAAGAAGGCAGGAUGCAGAAGAACUGGUAAGUGUUAUGUGAGUGUUCGGUUUUUUGAGUAAUUGAUCAAGUGGGAUUGAGAAAAACAAUAUAAAGACAUUGGCCUCUUCAUUAGCCAUAAAAGCUCUAGACCUUAGGGAUUGGGUGUUUUUUUAAAACCUGUAAACUGGACUAUUAAAUGUUUCUAAAGCAGUCUCCAAAGUAGGCCCUGAACUUUCUACCAUAAAGGUAAAAGUGUCUCAUUUAAAGAAAAGAGUGUUUCCUUACACUGACUCUGACUUCAAUGAUAGCUUAAUUAGGUAGAACCUUCGUUAUAGAUUAAUUCUGUAAUCAAUCAAGUAUACCUUAAACUUUUAUUUUCUUUUAAAACAUGUAGGAUCAUUUUCUUUCUGUGUAAAUUAACAGAUUCCAAAAAACUGGUUUCAGUGGGAUAGAGAUAAAAGAUUGAUAAAGGUUUACCUGCUAUUACCCUUAUCACAGUUCAUGACUAUUUGUGAGUAGCAAACAGUCUCUGGUUGUCUGUUUCACUUUACAAAAAAAAAAAAAAAUCAGUGCUCAGUGAUAUUUUCCCACCAUAAUGCUUUAAAGCAUUUAGUAAAGCUUUUACAGAAGUGAUAACUUUUUUUUUGUAGAAAUUACUUUUCACUGCUAGAGGCAGUUAAAUUGUGUGAGUAGGGGACAACGGAGCUGGGCUCUCAAUGGAAGAAAGAUUUGAGCUGUAACACCCAUCUUCCAGACACAUCACACUCCUACUGCUUUUCUUCUGUAGCACUUGGUUGGCAUUGCAGUGCUGCCUGUGAAGGGGCACGGCCAGUAUUUCCUUAUCAGACACCUGCCUGAAUGUUUAAAAUGCUCUGGUCAAAUAGAAGCAGACUCACAGGACCAAUUGCACUGUAAGCUGCUUGCUGUCCUGAGAUUAAAAAAUGUACACUAAGAAAAAAAAAUUUUUAAGAAAAAAAAAAAGAAGAAGAAUAAAAAACUGUUUUGCAUCUCCCUCAUGGUUUUGCUGUAUUGUGGAGGAGGCUGGUGAAAGAGAAUAAGCUGCUGUUAAUGUGACAGGUCAAGGCUUUUAGAAGGCCCAUGGGGAGCUUAUACAGAGCAGGAUUCUUGGGAGGAGGCUUUGUUUCUAGGGAUGGAAUCUAUCCAUGAGAAACUCUGGCUUUGCUUGGUACUUGUUUCCCUCUGCCUUUGACCAUGUUUUUCAGAAGAGCUGCUGCUGGAGAUGAAUAGCUCAACAAAAGCCUCACUAUUUAGGGAGUUGUGUUCCCUCAGCACAUGACCUUAAAUGAGAAAGCAGCCUGUAAUUCACAAGGAAUUUCUUCAGUGAUUGGAGAAGGACUCUGCUUCCUAUAGUGCUUAAUAUGGGAGAUAUUAAAGACAAAUUAGUUCACAUUAGUUUUCAAUGUACUGUGUGUCAAAGAUGCUCAUAAAAAUAGGGGGAAAAUAUCUAACCUCAGAAUAGAACAUUCCAAACUUCUCAAAUAAAAUUUCUUAUACUAGGCUUCUUAAAAAAAAAAUUAAAAAGAAGUCAAAUAAUUCUACUCUGUGCCUAUAUCCAAAAAUGUACCAGCAGAUACUGUUGCAUCUCAUAAUUUUUGGGGGAAUUGUUUUUAGAUUUGCUCCCACAAAUAGACCAUAUGCAUGACUUUUUACAGCAUAAAUGUUAAUGUUAAAAUAUAUAUGAAUAAUUUUCAGAUGCUAAUCUCCUUGUUUUUACCUUUGAAUGCUUAUUUGCUUAACAUUUCAGAAAUUCCAUGUUUAAGCAAUUAAAAAGCAUGCAUUUUACUUCAGAUGUUUUUAAGUACUGUAAAAUGAGGAAAGCUAUGAAAUGGUUAUUUCCAAGCAUCAUGAGUACACUAAUAAGAUUGCUGAAGAAGUGUGUGGGAAAAUAGCUGUUUCAUCCAGAAAACGUGCACAUGGUAUGCAAGGAAUUUUCAUUGUGCCCAGCUGAAAUUCCCUUACAUUUGCAAGGAAUGUUAAAAGUGAACCUUUAAAAGGAAGGAUGUUCGAAUGGGCAUAGUUUACAUUUUAUCCGUUAUUCUCAACUGGAUUUAUUUUUUCCUCUCUAUGAUGUCAUGAAAACCUGCUAUGUAAAGCAUUCUUCGUACUGCAAUGGAAAAAUAUUAUUUUCCCAGUCUGGUCAUAUAUAAUAUUUGUUUCCUGCUUAGUGUGCAUACCUAAAUGUACAUGUUUUGCAAACCAUGGGAGUGAAUGUAUGAAACAGCUUCAAGCAACCCUCAGUCCUAAAACUAAACAUAAGGUCUGGAGAUGUCCAGGGCAGACAGAUGCAAGGGCAUGGCUGCCUGUGCAGGGGACUUGAAGAGGGAAGGCAGAAAACCUCUUCAAAGUAGGUUUGUUGGCAGAGGUGGUGCCCUAUGUUUGCAUCGUAGGCACUUGUCCACACACUGGAACUGCAUAAUGUGCAGUCUGAACUGCAACACUGCAGACAUUUCACAUCUUUAUUCAUCCAGAAUGCUUACAUGGGACUGCCUGUAAAUUUGAAUGCUGCAGAUCUCUGUUAAAGCUUCUGGGGAGUCUUUGGGCACCUACCCAUUGUCUUUCCACCAGCCCUUGGAUCAGUCAGCCUUCAGGAGUGUAAGCUAUAGCUGUAAAGGGCACCUCUCAUAGAGGCAUUUGUGCUGUGUCAGUGCUGGGUAACACCUAACUCUGCUCUGACUGUGAGUGAUGAGUGGUGCCAGUCCAUUUGCAAGAGAGGGGAAAGCAGAAAUGAAGCUGUAGUUAAGAAGAACACUACUUUUUAAUUGUAUCUUGAAACUGCUCUGAUGCACAGACAUCUCUGGGGUCUUAUUGAGAGCCAUCUCAAUUCUCAGAGAGCCAUCUCUGAGAAUUGAAAUGCAUGGAGAGGGGGGAAAAAGGUUAAAAUUAGGCAGUAGGAAUGCAUCUCUAUAGUGAGCCAAAUCAGUGGGGUUUCACUGAGAGCAAGCAGCUCAGAAUGGUUGGCCUGUCUGGGGGAAAAAAAACAUAACAAACCCCUCCCCCCCCCAAAAUUACUAGAUCCUUAGGCUUUAGAAAUGCUGCUCUGGAUUGCAUGUUCUCUUUGUUUCCUUUUCUGUACACACUUUAAAAAAAAAAGAUACCUACUUAUUAAAAAAUUGUCUGGCAUUUCUUAAAUUAAUGGCUUCUGUCCAAAUCCUAACAUUUCAUCCUGAUACCUAUAUUGUGUUUGGGCUGUUUCAGUUGUAUUUUGAAGGGAGAUGUUGAAAGAGUCUUUUGGAGAGGCAUUAGUGUUGGAUGAAUUCACUGUGCUAACAUCUUCGCUCCUGCCUACUGCUGCUUCAAAAAUAAUGCUACUUUAAAGUGUCUUAUUUAGCAACUGUGUGACAGCUAAUAAUAAUACUACAGUUUUUAACUUUCUAUUUAACAUAUGCUACCUUUUGUAAAAAAAAGUAUAUAGAGAUAAAUAAUAUUUCUCUAGAUUUUAUGCAUAGAGACUAUUAGUAAGGGAAGAGGUUUUAAAUUCUAUAACUUCUUACUGCUCGUUUUACAUUUUAAAUUAUGCUUUUAAAUCACUACUUUUGUUUGUCUGGAAAUAUACUGAAUAUUUUAUUAUUUAAAAUAGUAUACUUUUAUAGCUGUUUUAUUAAUUUCAGUUGACUACUAACUUCUAUUUUGAUAUUUAUUAUUGAGUUGACACUGUAGUAUAUUGAGAUGUUUAUUUUUCUAUCAGAGCUGUAACAACUAUGACAUAGCAUUAUUUUAAUGCAACAUCAUUGUACUUGCUCUCUAAAAAAUAAAAUCAAUAUUUAAUCCA